AUGGUUCAUACGAAGACACGCAAGGUCCCGACGCUUGUAGAGCUGCGCGCAGAUGGAUACCAAGCCGCCAAGAAGAUUGAACCACUUCAAAGUACCGUCGAUAAUUUCACCUUUACUGCAUGCCCCAAGGGACACGGCGCCCGGCGCGUAAGACUAAGGGCGCAACUGCGACGAGCGAAGGAUCGUCUGUAUCAUACCGCUGUCGAAUGCUCCGGUCUAGAAUCCCCACCAAUACUACAGGCCGUGCAGGAUCACCUACCCCGAGAGCUGCGCGACAUGGUCUACGCUGAGCUGAUGGAUUUCGAGAACCCGUCGUUUGACAUCUGGUUGGAGGGCAGUGGAUACGUACUGAAGACCACCGAUAAACCACGCUCUACAUUUUUCCACCGGACCAAGAUGGCAGCUAGUGUCGUCGAUCGAGGCCAAGAUCCUUACUACAUCGAUCCAUCCAUCGUCGGCAAAGAGUCAGCUCUAGAGAUUUUACAACUUCGUUACCGACGUGGCCAAUUCAAUAUCCACCACGACGCGCUAAUAAGCAGGGUUCUCAACCAAGAUGCAUGGAAGCAAGACAUCGUACCAAAACGCUGGCUCUCCAAAGUCACCAUCUACAUGCCCGAGGACAUUUACCAGGUUGAAGAGCGUAGAACUCUACUCCGUCAGCGCUUCGAUCUACUGCAGCAACUCACCAAUACCCGAGCACGUAUCCAAGUGAUAUUCCCUAACAAAGAGACGUAUUGGCACCUCCAAAUUGGUCCUACGCGUAAAGAAUAUGAGGAUCUACUUCCCACCGACCCAACUAUACGCCAAGCCAUGUUAGCUACUACUGAACGACUAUCAGCCUCGAAUGUUGGGACCGAGAUCGAUGCCGCUGUUCAUAACGAGAACGUUCAUAUCAUCAUGGAGGCCAUAUUCCCGAGCCUGACGGCCUUGAAGGCUCGAGGCCACCAGAUUCACUUCGACGAUAGGAUUAGCGGGUGGGCAUGGACGGCGGGGGAGGGAAGCGCCACAUUCGCUGAUGCCUGGACUAAUCGAAGGCAGUUUCGUAAGGAUGCCAGUCUACAUGUCAUUGCGGAGAGACUGAGGGCUGAGAAGGAAAGAUUUGACUGUACGCUGCAAGAGCUGUACUCGUGGAAAGAAAAGCAGCUUUCGACUCUCGAGGGCAUCGAGAAACGACUUGAUCCAGAUACUCGAAGCGGUCCACCGUCCCUCGCAGACCCAGCCAGCAAGGACGGAGCUACGAUGAAGCUUGGUUUGGCAGAGCGUCGUAUCAAUGCAGAGCUUCGGAAGCGUUCCGAGAUCGAACCGAAGGAACUGUACAUCCACCAGACGUUCGCAGAUGUCCUCGGAGGGUACGCCAGGCUCGUACACCCUGGUCUCCUCGACAGAAUGUUCGGAUCGCUACCAACAGGGAAGCUACCACGGGAGGUUAGGGACUUGGUAUACGACCAUCUGCUCCCUAGGGAGAACACUUACACUAUCAAGUUAGCAACAAACAACACUGGCUUCUCCAUCCACAAAGGAGCACCGGACGGCACUCUACCUACUCCACCAAUUGGCUGUCCAUACCCCAUGAUAUCAACCACCCACCCACUAGCUGACGAGAUCCUCGAAAGAUUCCAUUGGAGAACGACGUUCAUCAUUCAGAAGUACAUCUGCACGUUGCAGCCGUUGUCUAUUCACGAUAUUCUCGCAAAGCUUCCGUGGUGGUCGAACAUCGAUGCGGGUGUACUCCCCAUAACCAUCACCGGCCGCAUCACCUUCGCCAUGCGUUUUGACAAUAGUUGGAGGAUUGAGUCAGAUAUCGAGAAGACUAUUGGAGAUUUGAGAAAGAUCUUGAACUCAGCCAGUCUGGGCGUAACUGUCUCUCUUUCGAUUUUUCCAGCUGAUAGUAAGCGCGGCGCCGAGUUCCUUGAUCGAGCAAGACCACUCUUGCUUGAGUUGCAGGAGAAGGGCCACGAGAUUCGCAUGAUCGACUUGGCUUGUUGGAGAAAGAUGCACAGAUGCAAAGAGCCACCAACAUGA